GCAGACUUGAGCUUGAAUACAAUUCUUCUCACUAGUACUGAAUCACAAAUGACUCACUUCAAACUUGGAUGUGAGAGCAAAGUAUACAUUUGCAAAUUGGCUCGUGAGGCAUUGCUUUGCAAUGUAGGUGGGAUAGGUUUCAUACUGUAGCAGUCAAGUUCUGUUCUUUUUUUCCCCUCCUCCUCUCUUUUCCUUCAUGCAGGAUGGUUUUCUGAGUUCAGGAUUUCAGUGUUGUUUGUGAAGGUACUGUAGCAACUGCUACCCAAUGCUCUGGUGAAUGUAUCAUGUGGACUUUCCUGGCCUCACGUGAGACUGGAGUUCUUCACUAAAGAUGGACGAUUUCGCCAUACUUGACCUGUUGGAAUGUCCUGUGUGCUUUGAAAAGCUAGAUGUCACGGCCAAGGUGCUACCAUGCCAGCAUACCUUCUGCAAGCCUUGUCUACAGGGGAUACUGAAAUCCCAAAACGAGCUGAGGUGCCCGGAGUGCAGAACCCUAGUCUUCUGCAGCAUUGACGAGUUACCGUCCAACUUGCUUCUAAUUCGCUUACUGGACGGUGUCAGAUAUGGACAAAACGUUACAAGGUUUGGCUCAGUCCAAAGAUCUCGGGUCCUGACCUCUCCUGCUUCCAUCAGGAGAGACAGGGGAGAUCCAAGAGGUUUACAACUUAAUCAGUACAGGCUGGCACCAAAUCCCAGGAUCCAUAUGGAAGGGGUUCCCCGGGCCAGAGCCCUGUACAGCUACAGAGGACAAAACCCUGGUGAACUGAGGUUCAAUAAAGGGGACAUCAUCAUAUUGCACCGACAGCUGGAUGAAAAAUGGUACUUGGGAGAGAUCAAUGGGGUCAGUGGGGUUUUCCCAAGCAGCACAGUGCAGGUUAUCAAACAACUUCCACUACCACCACCCCUGUGCAAAGCACUUUACAACUUUGAUCUGAGAGAGAGAGAUAAAAAAGAAAAUAAGGACUGCCUGACAUUUCAUAAGGGCGAUAUCAUCACAGUGAUUAGCAGAGUUGAUGAGAACUGGGCAGAGGGAAAGUUAGGUGAUAAAAUAGGGAUCUUCCCCAUCUUGUUUGUGGAGCCAAACAUGACUGCAAGACAACUCCUACAGACAAAGAAAAGCCACCGAUCCCCCUCAUUUAAAUAUUCAUCACCUUUAAGGACAGCCUCUCCCAGAGCGAAAGGCACAGAGUCACCAACCUUCCGCAAGGUGUCAGAAUCUAGAAGGAAGAGCCUGAGACCAUUCUCUAUCACGAGUGCCUUGAAUUCACUCAACAGGAUGGUCCACUCACCCACAGAGCGGCAAACACUGGAAAUCAGCUCACCAGUACUCAUCAGCUCCAGUAAUCCUACUGUGGCAACCCAGAGCAGCGAGAAAGUGGAAUUCCCAUAUGGCCCCCCCGUCCAGGUCAGCGCUUCUUAUUAUACUGCACCAGGAUCCCUGGGGCACUCAACUGCCAUUGUCACCCUUCCGCAUCUUCAGCAACACAUAUCAGCUAAUAUGUGCGUCGCUCUACACUCCUACACUGCUCAUGGACCGGAGGAGCUGGAUUUGCAGAAGGGAGAAGGUGUUCGUGUUUUCGGGAAGUACUACGAAGGCUGGCUCAGGGGAAUGUCAUUGGUCACUGGAAGAGUUGGGAUCUUCCCCAGUAACUAUGUUGUUCCCCUUUUCAGGAAGUCACCCAAUUUCUCUGAAUCCAGGAUGCCUUCCCUGUAUGCCACUUGGACGUUAUCCACUGGCUCACUCUCCUCCCAGGGGAGCAUCUCAGAGAAUGGCCCAAGGCAAAGCAGGCCUUUGAAAUCAGCCUUCAUGCCCACGGUGCUGUCUUCGCCACUGAGAAACGUAGCUGUGCCGGCCACCUCAGGACAAACAUCACUGAGGCGAGGACGCGGCAGUACUAGGAAGAAUGGAUCACUGCAGAGACCUGUGCAGCCCGGAGCUCUUCCUCAGGUUGUCGGCUCCCUCAGUCGCACUCCAGUUGCCACGGUGCGGCCCCAGCAACUUCAGCUUUACCAGCAUGUCUCCUCUCAGCCCCCUGUCACCCCUGGCAUGGCGGACCCAGGAGCCAGGCCAAGCGCCUCCCAUGAUGCUUCAUUGCUGCUUGUGCCCAGGGCAGGUGAAAGCAGAUCUCCUUCUGUAUGUAGCUCAAUGAUCCUGGAUGCCAAAGAAUCCCCAGCAAAAAGUGAGCCAGCUCCAAAGCCACCUCCAUCAGCUCCGCCCUCCAUCCUGGUGAAACCAGAUACCUCCCGGAACAGCACCGAAAAGCAAGUGAAAACGGUGCGAUUUCAGAACUACAGCCCACCUCCGUCCAAGCGGCACAGCUCACAGCCAUCGCCAAACCAUCCCAGUGGCAACACUGAGCAGACAGCCCAGCCAGAAGCAAACACCCUGGGCCCUGACAUGACAGCUCUCUAUUCGCACCGACUCAGCUCCAGCCCAGUGCAUCUGAGGAGGACGCCGCACCCAAAGACCCCAUCGCUGGAUCUUUCUGCCCAGGCUGGGCAACUGACCUUCCCUACCAAAAAGAACUACAGCAGCGUUUCUGAGAACUGACAGGUUUUCUUCCCAUUCAAUUGCUUUCCUUUUCAAAUGGGGCUUUCGCCUCUGUGAUAAAAUAAGCUCCCCACAGACCUCACACCAACCUGCCACCACCCUGGCUUCUCCUUACAAGAGCUAGCGAUCCAGUCAGGAACUUACUAGACCCCAGUUCCAUGGGGAGCAAGGCCUCCUUCAGGCACUCACAAUAAUUGCAGCUGGCCAGCCAGUAACUCGGGGGCCUCUGAGGAACUGGCAUGGGGGUCAGCACCUCUCUCUAAUUUUAUGGUAGAGUCUCAUUUUAAAUGCAUCUGACUCACAUCCAGCAAGCCACAUCUGUAUGUCAUGGCAAUGCAUCAAAUGUCAUCAGCCCACACUGCCCCAGUGAGUAGAUGCAAGCACCACAGACCAACAUGGAAUGGGUUUGUGGUCCCUGCAAAACCAGUGUUCUCUGGUAUCCUCCAAUGUCUUGCAGCCAGCCUUAUAGAAAAGUGGAAGAGGGAAGAAGCGUGCAUAUAUCAGAAAUAGUUAAACCUUUUUUGGUAUCCUUUCUGCUAUGAAAGCCCAUAGAGAUCAAAACUCUGGUUCAUUACCUUUCUCAGCUCUACAGGAUAAAGAAACCAUAAAUCAAAUUCAGGCAGUUCCUGGAUGAAUUUUCAAGUUCCCCUUUGAUGGGUAUUUGCUUUAGUUUUUUGAGCCUGGGAGUAGAGGUAAUUUUCUGGGGAAGAGAACCCUGCCCUGCAAUCAGUACUAAGCUGCAGCUGUUUAUGACAGUCAUUGGGUCCUUGCAGUCAUGUGAUUUGGAUCUUGCUUCUGCUGGUUGGUUGGUUUUUUUCUGAGUUGUGGACAGUAUAGGCAGCACUUCCUAGAUGCCUGUGAUUCAGCGGCAAUGUAUUUCCCCCUGUUUAAAUCCUAAAUGGAUUUUUAAAAAUCUGGGUCCAUGUUGAAGUUCACGAAAUAGUUCUCUAAACAAUAUGAAGGAGAUUUGCACAUCUCCGUGACAUAUACCCUUCCUUCCCUCUCCCCAUCCCCUACCUUCAACUGAUCUUUCACUCUCUCUCUUAGCUAUGGAGCCACAGAAAUGAUAAGCAGAACUGGAAAGUGUAUCCAGCGCUUCCUCUGUGACUGAUGUUUAGCAAAUUGGCACAACGGGUUUGCUUGUCUGCGUGUACUUUUGUUUUUAGUGCCAGUGCAAAGACCGUCCAUCCCCUUUCCAGCUGGAGCAUGGGAGUAUUCGAUCUCAUGACAAUGGCUGCUGGGCUGGUUCAAAGACCAUUGUAAAGUAACAUUCUUGCUUCAUUGCACAGACCCAAUCAAAUUAACUCAAUAAGUCACUCUAAGCUUUCUGGAUCAUUGGGACAGCCUCCAAGGGGGAAGUUCUCUCUUGGAAUUAAGGAAGGGCAAUGGAUGAAGCCAUGCUGUGAACAGACAGGUUUUUUUCAUGUUUACAUACAGAAAUAAAUACACUGUAACCUCUAGCAAAGCGCAGUUAUCACUGUGCUACACACCAAGGCCUCUCAAAACUUAACAAUGGCAGAACUCAGAUCCUCCCAUUCCAAAAGCACAGCCCCCUAGCACCAUAAACUAUUUGAAAGUCUCCUUCAGCUGUUAGCAGUAUAAAUUAAAUGACACAUAGUUACACAAUUGACUCCAGCUAGCCAGAUAGGACUAUAUCUUUUUUGCCUGCCAAAGAGCCAGAACAGGAAUGAUGUGUGUCUAAUCCUACCCAAUCUUUCCCAUCCUAGCCUCCUUAAUCUGUACCCUCUUCCUCCGCCAAGUGCAUCUGAAGGGGCUGGAAGCAGAGACUCAUGGUACCCAGAAGUGUCCGACAGCCCCGGUCCUCUCAUAGCCCAAUAAUUAGGAUUCCUAGUUUUAGAUUAAAAUAGAUAUAACCCCUCUGAGACAAAAGUUUGGGAUUAAAAAAUAAAAACAAAGAAGCAGCCAGAUUUUGCCUAAAACUAAACACCUAAAAAUCAACAAUGCUAAAUACAAUUAUUGGUCUGCAGAAUUUUAGGGCAACAGACCACCUUAGGGCCAGAGGGACUGCCAGUUGGGAUCUGUGGUGCACCUAGUCCAGUAUACUGCCUAUGACCGCACCAGAUGCUUCAGAAAAUGGAGCAAGAAACCCCAUGGGGAGAUAAUCUGCCUCCCCUACCCCACCCUCAGAAGCUCUUGUUUAGUCAUAGGUGCUGGAACUAGAGGUGCUGCUGCACCCGCUGGCUUGAAGUGGUUUCUUUUAUUUUCAGGUUUACGGUUUGGUUUAAUGGCUUUCAGCACCCCCCACUAUAAAAAUUGUUCCAGCACCCCUGGGUUUAGUAGCUCAUCAUCACACUGCACAAGUGCUAGCAACUGGCAUCUGCUUUCACAAAUUUAAAAAACCCCAUUCCGUGGCUAGAGGCCACCAAUGACAUAGACAAAAGGCCUGAUUCUCCACUGCCUUGUACUGUGUGCUGUCAUUUAGGGUAUGUCUACUCUUGGAGCUGGGGGUGUGAUUCUCAGCUGGUGGAGACAUACAUGCACUCUCUCUGAUCAAGCUACCACACACAAUAGAGAGCCUAGUUACAUUGGCGACACGGACUAGCCACCUGAAGUAUGUACCCGUCUGAGAGGGUAGGCACGUACAUGGAGGCAAGUAGCCCCUCCUGCCACUCACACUGUUGUGGCUACGCUCUUUUUUAACAUGCUAACUGCAUCAGAACUAGCCUGGGUAGGUUCCUCGAGCUGAGAAUUACACUCCCUGUACAAAAUGCAGACAUAGCCUAAGACUUGGGUCAAGGGGAUGUAAAACACUACCAGUGAGAAGUAGCAAUGUACCCUCAAUAUGCCCAGACAUAAAUGACAACACAAGGUGCAAACGAGUAGAAAAAUCAAGCUGUUUGGUUUUGCUAAAAAUUGUCACUCCGAUGACUAAUGAACAUUUUAGAGACAAUAUCCCUUAGCUAAAGAUUCAUAACCCCUUUAAAAAAAACUGCACCAAAAAGCACUAGAUUUCCCCAGAUGCACUCAAGGAGGCAGAAAAGCCUAAUAAACAUGGCCUGGAUUAGAUCUUUUGGUAGUUUAUACCUAUAGCUGGGCAGGUUUGCCUGCUCAUGCCCUACCUCUGAAUGAUGAUUUACAGCACACUGAUGAAAAGCAAGGGGGCUUUCUAUGACCCACUCUGAAAUCUGCUGGUAUACUAACCAACAGAUUUCAACAGCUGACUCCUCACGAGGUUUAUCUAAAGAAGCUUGGUCAGAGCACGGGGGGGAGGAAGGAUAAGGAGGGAAGCCACCCAGGAGAAUUAAUUAUACAGAUGGAGUCACUGGCAAAUGCUGCAGGUGUAUAAAACAGUAGAAAGUGAAACUUUGGGUUCAAAAUAGAGAGGCUAUGGGGGGCUUUUGCCUUUUACACCUCUGGAAAAAGCCAUUUUACCCAUUCAUAUGAACACACUAAAACCAAGCCUAGUGUGAUUGUCUUGAUCAGGCCAUUUCUAGAGCCAGAGGUGUAGUUGCUCUGAACUGAAUGUGGCCCAUGGGCCUGACAUCCAUGAUCUAAAGCAUUUACCUUAAAGUCACACAGCCCUGUGACCGCUCGCUUGCCAUUAAGCAGCAAAAACUUCCUCCUUUUGGGCUGCAAGGACUGGGCAUGUGAAUGCUGAGGCAUAUGCCAGCCCGAGCAGUUAAGAUUUUCACAAUAUAUUUCACAGCUAUUCUUUGUAAGGUGGGGAGUUAAACUUCCGCUUCCUUGCCAGUACGGCAGGACUUGGAGCAGCCAUUUCAGUUCUCUUCUAAUGCAUGAAUUUCACUCAACGCUUCCUCAAGUCCAUAGGAGGAAGUUAAAGAGAGAGAGUGCACACCAGCUAUGUUCUCCAAAGAUGGAGAGAUUAGGUUCCUAAAGUGCGGAAUGCAAGUGCUGGAACAAAGUGGAAUAUUGUAAAGGAGAUGCUCUAUUUAGACUUAAAAGCUCAUUGCAUCAUGAACUAGUGGGAUCAAGAUGUUUUGCUCAUACACAUACACUACGUCUCUGCACUAGAUGGACAGAAUGAUUCCAUAUAGAAUAAAGAGCGAGGAGUCUUUGUGGCAUCUUAGAGACCAACAAAUUUAUUUGAGCAUAAGCUUUCGUGGGCUAAAACCCACUUCAUCGGAUGCAUGCAGUGGAAAAUACAGUAGGAAGAUUUCAGAGUAGCAGCCGUGUUAGUCUGUAUUCGCAAAAAGAAAAGGAGUGCUUGUGGCACCUUAGAGACUAACAAAUUUAUUUGAGCAUAAUUGCAUAAAUUUGUUAGUCUCUAAGGUGCCACAAGUACUCAUUUUCUUUUUAGUAGGAAAAUUAUUAUAUAAUGUAUAUAUAUAUACACACACACACACACACACAGAGAACAUGAAAAAUGGGUGUUGCCAUACCCACUAUAAUGAGAGUGAUCAGUUAAAGUUAAAUGGAUUAAGGUUUCAUGUUCUCUGUGUAUUCAUCGGAUGCAUGCAGUGGAAAAUACA